AUGGCAUCGUAUGGCUCUUCCAUUCCUCAACCUAUUCACUCACGAAAACCCCUGAAGUUGCGUCUCCGAAACGGAGAGAAGCUUUACGGUCUCUUUUUUCGCUCUUUCUCCCCGGACUUGGCGGAGAUCGCUGCACUCGCCGGAUACGACUUCGUAAUCAUCGAUAUGGAGCACGGCGCCGGUGGGAUUCCGGAGGCUCUCAGCUGCAUUCGCGCUUUAGGAUCCACCGGUUGCGCAGCCGUUGUCCGCGUCCCUGAGAUUAGUGAGGCCUGGGCGAAGAAAGCGUUAGAUCUCGGAGUGGACGGCAUAAUGUUCCCGAUGGUUGAAAGCGGAAGAUCUGCCUCCGAGGCGGUUUCCUUUUGCCGGUAUCCUCCACACGGUGUCCGCGGAAAUGCUGUAGGUCUCGUGAGGGACUCCAAGUUCGGGUUUGACAAGGCUUAUCUAGCUAAUUUUGCAGAUAAGCUUUUCGUCAUGGCUCAGAUAGAAUCUGAGGAAGGUGUGAAGAACGCAAAGGAGAUUGUAGCCGUUGAUGGGGUGGAUUGUGUGAUGAUUGGCCCUAGGGAUCUGAGCGCGAGUUUAGGGUUUAUUCACGACCAAUCAAACCCAAAGGUGAAGUCCGCCAUGAAGACGGUGGAGAAGGCGGUGCUGGCUUCCGAGCCGGCGAAUGGUGGAGCUUACUUGGCUGGGAUAGCCACGCCUCAGAAUAAGGUGGUGGAUCUCCGAGCACGUGGAUAUCAAGUUGUUCUCGGAUCCGCUGACCUGAACCUCUUUCAGAAGGCGGUUGUUGACGACGUCAACAAUUUUAAGCUGCGUAGCCUACUUUAG